GUCACCGGCCAAUUAUUGGACACGGAGUUUCAACCAACAGUCACAGCGACCUGCAAGGCCGGACACAUGACGAUACGAGUGAACCUGAAUCAAAGUUUCGUGGGAGCUGUCCACGCCAGAGAUUUCCGGACGCCGCAGUGCAUGGCGCCCGGGAACGGCUCCACACACGCUACCCUCGCCAUUAAUCUCCUCGCGCCCAAAGGAUCCCCGGAUUACUGUGGAGUCUUGGUAAACAAUGACACCGAGGAACGCUCGAUUCCCAUCGCGGUGAGGAUACACAAGACCUUAGAGCUGGCGGACGAUAAAUUCUACGUGAUCACGUGCGGAAAAGCUGGAUUCAAAAACGCCAAGAACGAGACCUCGCUGGUAUCAUUGCGCCUUUUGGACGGAGGCCACAAAGUGCAAGAGGCUAUUUAUGGUCACAACUACAGUUUGCGUGCGGAGAUCUCGCGACCAGAUGGUUCGUACACGGCGUCUCUCACUCGGUCUUACCCCUUGCGUUUAAUUGGAAUUAACGAGCGCGCGUAA